AUGACCACGGAUGGCCCCGACAAGACCAGGGCUGACGGGACAAGCGUCCAGGCCGCUCCUUCACCAGAAUCUCAUUAUAGCACCCAUAUCGUCUUGACCACCUAUCCCGGGCAAAGUGGCAUAGACCCCGUGCCCCUAAACUGGGGUGCAAAGGACGCCAAAUCCCGUGGCCCAGUCGUGGUCUCACGCAGUGGGCCAUUGCUCAAGCGACGCAAUGCCAUGGGCGCCCAUGGCGGUAGCUACAGCAUUUACAACGCCCUGGCCAUUGCUGCCGGCGACCUUCCCCCUGACUUCCGUCCGGACUUCAAGAACAGCGAACCCACCUUUAACUUCCCCUGGCAACCCGCCUGGGCUGACAAAGACAAGAUCGUGGCAAUGGAUCCCUACGGUCACGACAUCGUCAACCAAUUCCGGGAUGAGUUGAACGCCGGUUGGGAUAUCCGGCCUACCAUGGCUGUGACCCGAGCUAAUAUGAAAUUGGCGGAGAUCGGCGAGGCAGUGCGAGACGGGAAGCUCGACGUCGAUGGUUCAAUCGUAGUAGAUUCCUCGGGUGAAGUCCGGGUAACGAAGGUCGCCGUCGAGCCGGUGUGGUAUCUCCCUGGAGUUGCGGACCGAUUCGGUGUCUCGGAACCGAUCCUGCGUCGGACACUCUUCGAACACACGGGCGGCAGCUACCCGGAGCUGAUCACUCGGCCGGAUCUCAAGAUCUUCUUACCGCCUAUUGGUGGUCUGACGGUGUAUAUCUUUGGACCGCCCGAGCGUGUGUCGGAUGAGAACGUGAAGCUGGCCUUACGUAUCCACGAUGAGUGUAAUGGAAGUGAUGUCUUCCAGUCUGAUAUCUGUACAUGCCGACCUUAUCUGGCGUUCGGUAUCCGGGAGGCGAUCCGCGAAGCCCAGAAUGGAGGCAGUGGUGUUGUUAUCUACUUCCGAAAAGAAGGUCGUGCCUUGGGUGAGGUCAUCAAGUACCUGGUGUACAACGCCCGCAAGCGUGGCGGCGAUACGGCCGAUAAAUACUUUACGCGCACGGAGAACAUCGCCGGUGUGAGAGAUAUGCGCUUCCAGGCUCUCAUGCCCGACAUUCUCCACUGGCUUGGAAUCAAGAAGAUCGACCGCAUGCUCUCCAUGUCCAACAUGAAACACGACGCUAUCGUCCAAUCGGGCAUCAAGAUCCUCGAACGAGUCCCCAUUCCCGAAGAUAUGAUCCCCGAUGACUCGCGCGUUGAGAUCGAUGCGAAGAUCAACGCCGGAUACUUCACGACGGGGCGACAGUAUACCAUGGAGGAACUGGCCGAGGUGAAGGGACGCGGCUGGGAGAAAUGGGAGGAUAUCACGAUGGGCUCCCACGUCACCCCGCAACCCCACGUCCCCAAAGCCGGGGUAUGGUGUCCCGCCAUCACCUUCUUCGACCACAGCACCGACACAAUCGACUUCGUCGCACAAAAGAAAUACUACUCCUACCUCUCUAAGACUGGACUAGCUGGACUAGUCAUCCUCGGCACAAACUCCGAGGCCUUCCUCCUCACCCGCGAAGAGCGCGCCCAAUGCAUUGCUGCGGCUCGCGAAGCCGUCGGCCCCGAUUUCCCGCUCAUGGCGGGUGUGGGUGCCCACUCCACAAAGCAGGUGCUUGAGUUAGCGCAUGAUGCUGCGGCCGCGGGCGCGAAUUACUUGCUUGUGCUCCCGCCGGCGUAUUUCGGGAAGGCGACGACGAUGGGGGUGGUGAAGAAGUUCUUUGCCGAUGUGGCGCGUCAGUCGCCCUUGCCGGUUGUUGUGUAUAACUUCCCUGGGGUGUGUAAUGGAGUGGAUCUUGAUUCGGAAACUAUUACGGCUAUUGUGCGCGAAUCUGCUGCCAGCCGGGGAGAUGGGAAGAGUAAUGUGGUGGGUGUGAAGUUGACUUGUGCUUCGGUGGGUAAGAUUACGAGGUUGGCGGCCACAUUCAAGCCAGAGGAGUUUGCUGUCUAUGGUGGUCAGAGUGAUUUCUUGAUUGGAGGACUUAGUGUUGGGUCUGCUGGGUGCAUUGCGGCGUUCGCGAAUGUGUUUCCCAAGACCGCGUCGAAGAUUUACGAGUUGUACAAGGCCGGAAAAGUCACGGAAGCUAUAGACUUGCAGCAGAAGGCGGCGCUAGCCGAGAGUCCUUGCAAGAGCGGCAUUGCGUCGACCAAGUAUGCUGCCGCGAUUUACUCGGCGCCCUUGGCCGGAAUUGAGGGGGCCGAGGAGAAGGCGAAGCCGAGGACGCCGUAUGAGGAACCCGGAGAGGGUGCUAAGAAGACGGUGAGGGAGUUGAUGGAAUCGGUGUCUAAGCUUGAAGUUAGCAUCUAA